AGAUCAUCCACCCACCAGCUGCAUUGCUUCCAGCGGCCUGAAGUCCAGCUGUCUAACUGUGACGUCACUGGGAGGAGCUUCCUGCGCGUGUUCAAAGAGUGCGUCACCGUCGGCAAGGCGGGCGCCAGAACUUGCGCGCAGCCUGCAACGGGAGCACGCUUUCAGUCGCGUCCAAGAUGUUGUGGAGCGCGGAGGGGAGGACAUGAGUUGCCGGGUCUCCGCUGGACGAUGCUGUUCGAGGAAGUUGCAGAGACGACGUUGCCUCAGAGGAAGCAGCGCUCCACAGCAGAGACGGCCUGGUGACCCCGGGCCAGCGCGCCGCCUUCGGCUGAGUCACUUCCUCUGCAUGUGAGU